AUGGAGUCAAAGCUUCCGGUUGUAAGAAGUGAAAGUCUUUAUAAAAUUUAUUGGCUCUAUUUACGAAUUUUGGCUGUCGAGGGAAAUUAUCCGUAUCGAUGGAUUCUGGAUUUCAUAGUUUUCUUUUUCAUUACAUUUUGGUACCCCGUACAUCUAAUAAUUGGACUGUAUAAUGAACCGGUGGUAAAGGUUUUCAGGAGUCUGUACUUCACAAUAGAGGUAUUUUUCUGCAGCUUUAAGUUUGUGUUUUUUCGUUGGAACAUGGCAGAGAUAAAAGUCACCCAAAAUUUGCUCCUGGAAUUGGAUAAAAGAGCCGAAAGUGACGAGGAGCGCAGUUAUUUUGAAGAAAACUCAAAGCCAGUGGCCAACUUGAUUACCAAGGGUUAUUUGGUAGCUGGUUUACUAUCCAUAGUAACUGCAGCUGCCGCUGGUUUUGUUACAACUGGUCGAAAUCUAAUGUACUUGGGUUGGUUUCCCUAUGAUGUCAAGGCCACUGCGCUAUACUUUUGGAUUAGCUUUACAUAUCAAUUUGUUGGGUCCACCCUGUCGAUUGUGCAAAACCUCUCCAACGAUAUUUAUCCCCCGAUUACAUUUUGUGUGGUUACUGGCCAUGUGAGACUAUUGGCAAUGCGUUUAAGUCGAAUUGGCAAGGAUGGGAAGAAAUCAAGUGCUGAUAAUACCAGGGAACUCAUCAAAGGCAUCGAAGAUCACAGAAAACUAAUGCAGAUAAUUCGCCUACUCAGGAAAACUUUGUACUUCACCCAACUGGGCCAAUUUCUUUCCACCGGAAUCAACAUUUCUAUAUCGCUUGUCAACAUUCUCUUUCUGGCGGAAAACAACUACUCCAUGAUUUACUAUUCUGUGUUCUUCGCGGCCAUGUUUAUAGAACUAUUUCCAAGUUGUUACUAUGGAACUCUGAUGUCGAUGGAGUUCGAUAAACUGCCUUACGCCAUUUUCUCGAGCAAUUGGAGUGGAAUGGAUAGGAAAUACUGUCGCUCCUUGAUAAUUCUGAUGGGGUUCAUGCUUAUCCCAGUGGACAUUAAAGCGGCCGGAAUUGUUGGCAUCGACAUGAGGGCAUUUUUUUCCACAGUCCGCAUGGCCUACUCCUUUUUCACCUUGGCCAUGUCCUUUCGAUUCUAG